CGAAUCCAAUGCCCUUAACCAGGAGGCCACAGCACUCUACAAUGAAUUCAAUUUAUGAAUGCAAAAGACUAUAGUCAGUUACUUUAGAGAUAUUUUUGGCAUAGGUUUCUGUAAAUGCAAAACAAAGAAUCUAAGAGUGUCGUUGCAAUCCCGAGAUGUACAGAGACCAGAAUUUGCCUACCAGGUCAUGAGAAGUUGAAAUAACACUGGCUCUGGAAAAUUAAGAAGUUGGUGUAGUGUGAAAAUGAGACAUUAAAAUCAGAAGUAGGUUUCUUUUUUUAAUAACAUUAAAAUUGUUCAAAUACGGAGGGCAUGAUAUGAACUUUCAGAUGCCUAGAAGAAUAUGUAGCAGGUUUGUGGAAUUUUUUUAAUACAUUUCCUAUUAUUUGAAUUAUCAAUUGUAUAUUUUCAUUAUUUUUUUAUUUUAAUUUUUGAGAAAAAAAAACCAAGCGUGGUUGGGGUGCAACCACAAUAAAACAACCACUCUUAACCUCGUUCCCAGGGUCUAACCUUAAAACAAUAGUAAAGACAGAGCAGCUAGACGGGGCUAGUGGGAGCGUACUGCUCCAUGUCAUGGGGACGAGGUCAGACUUGCCAAACUCCUUCAACUGACGUCACUGGAAAGCUUGGCGAAUGGUGAUAUUCUUAGUGACGCAUGUUUCAUGCCAUUGUUGUCAGUAGUGCAGGUAGUUCGUCUGUAUUAUAUUUCACAGUUUAAAUAUUUGUUUAAGAAAUUGCUAGUGUUUAGUUUAUCUGCUAGUUUGUUAUCAUUGGCUAAUCUUUUAUUUGUUCACAAUGCCAGCAAGCCUUUCAUUGUGAACGUGCACGUAGGACGAGUUUUAUAGAACACUUCAAUCUAUCGUUCCGACCCUCUUAAUUUCUCAAAUUGGUUCAACAUGGCGGUAACGUGGGAACAUCGGUGUGUGUUGUGGGGCUUUGCGUCUGCUGGUUUCACUGCGUUUGUUAUCAAUGCGUAUUUCAUCAACGACGCCACUUGGUUAUGCCGUGUUGCAACAGGUUUCUUAGCGAUUCUGGGCACCUUGUCCUCGGUCACAGCUUUUCACAUCUCAACCCUCCGAUGCUCCGAAAGUCACAGCCUCAAGACACUGUUGCAGCAGUACAUCCUCUUCCAAGUUGCAACCCUUACCACGCCAUUCAGUUUGUAUAAGCUUAAAAAGCUAUGGAAAGAGCCACGCAAGGCGCAGGAGAAGUUUCUCCUAAAGCUGAUCUCCCGCGACGCAGAUACAGAGUACGGCAGACGAUACUUGACAGGCAUCCAAUCACUGCAGGAUUUCCGAGACAAACAUCCACUCACCAAGUAUGAUCACUACCAGGAUUACUUCCAGAGGCUGGCAGACGGGGAGAAGAACGUAUGUGUGGCAGCCAAAGUGGACAGGUUUGGAAUUUCCUCCGGCACCACGGGAAAGGGCAAGCUGAUACCAAUGGUAUAUGAUGACAGUGGGUUGGGACUCGUGGUCGCUUUACAGGCAGUAGGGUCGAGCCCCAUACAGAAAAUUGUCGGGUUGUACUGCAAACCGGCACAGAAGCUUACCAAGUCAGGACUGCCUAUUACACCAGCGGUAUUCGUGCCCGAGAAUAGUUCCAGUGCAGAAUUCAUGCUAAGCAUGCUCCAGAAUUCACCCUUUAGUGCUUUCCAGAUUUCUACGGAUUUCGAAGCCACCUACGUCCACCUUCUCUUCGCACUGAACGACAAAAACAUCUGCAUGUUCUAUGCUCCAUUCGCGUCACAGGUGUACAGGGCGUUCUCCAUGCUGGAAGAUGAGCAAGACAUGUUCUUGGAGGAUCUUUUUACAGGCAGGAUCAAUCCUAGACUGAACAUUGAUGCGGAGAUACGACGUUCGCUGGAUGCUGCAUUGAAGGCCAACCCAGCCAGGGCUGAUGAGUUGAGAGCAGAGUUUGCUCGAGGUUUUGUUGGUAUCCUUGGGCGAAUCUGGCCGCAUCUGAAUUGCUUUGUGACCGUAGAUAUCUCUGGCUAUGAGCAGAAACUCAAAGCCAAAUACACCAAAGGCACCCGUCUUUACACAUUCGCUUACGGCUGCACAGAAGGUUUACUUUGCUUCAACUUGUGGAUGGACGGUAGACCGCCGCAAUAUGUGCUGAGCCCUAGUACAACCUUGACGGAGUUUAUUCCUGAAGAUCUCAGUGAGGAGGCAAAUCCAAAGACUUUAUUUCUGGAUGAGAUCGAGGUUGGAAAACGCUACGAGAUAGUCAUAACGACCGUAAGUGGGUUUUACCGCUACCGCAUGGGCGACGUGGUGGAGGUUGUAGGUUUCCAUGACAACUGCCCGGUGAUUCAAGUGAAAUACAGAACUGGCGAGCUGUUGAAUUUACGGAGCGAGAAGAUUGACAAGCUUGUAGUGAACAACGCCAUACAGGAGAGCUUGACCAGCUGGCAAGGGGCGACGCUGGUGGACUGGACAUGCGCAGAGAGUCCAUUGAUGUACGAGGACGCGGAGCAUGUUGAUUUUGACAUGUUGUACCUACUGUUCAUCGAGUUGGAAUCAGUGGACGGCUUCCGUUUAUCAGAGGAGCAGAAGUCAUUGUUCGACCAGUCACUUCGCAAGCAGCACGAGUUCUACGACCACUACCGCCAAGUUGGCACCAUCUGCGAGGCUCGCGUGAUGAUCGUUCGCCCAGGAUCCUUCAAGAAAUUGCAAGACUUCAUAAUAGCGACUUCCACGGCCAGUUAUAACCAGUUCAAGAUGCCCAAAAAGCUGCGCACAAAGGCGACUCUUGAUCUCAUGAUGAAGUGUGUAGUAGAUGUUUAAUAUAUGCCAUAAAAACCUGUAGGCUUUAUUGAACAACCCUUACUGUGUGUCAGAUGUCACACGCACAUUUUGCCAAUGUUUUUUUUUACAGUACAUAGAAAAGUGCUCAUUCGCAAACAAAAGUGUGAAUUAUUAUAGUGUGUCCUGGAUAUUUAAUAAUAUCUGUCAUAAAAACCUGUAGGCUUUAUGGAGGAA